UACAGGCAAGAUUCAAGAAGCUGAUCAUCACAUUAUCAGUUUCAAACCCCACUUCUUCAUCUUCAUCUUCAUCUUCAUCUUCUUCGUCUUUUCAGUACUAAACUGUAAUCAGAGAGACACACAGGUAUAUAUUGAGGAAAUGGGAAAGGGAUAUUGUGAGGAAGAGAUUAGAAGAAAGAAAGGGGCAUGGAGUGCAGAAGAGGAUACAAAGCUCAUUAACUUCAUGCUCAGUAAUCCCCAAUUUUCUUGCUGGAGAGAUGUCCCUAAACUUGCAGGGUUGCUGAGGUGUGGGAAGAGCUGCAGAUUGAGAUGGACCAAUUAUCUGAGGCCAGAUGUCAAAAGAGGUCUUCUUUCUGAUCAUGAAGAGAGAAUGGUUAUUCUUCUCCAUGCUCAGCUUGGAAACAGAUGGUCGAAGAUUGCUUCUCAUUUACCGGGAAGAACUGACAACGAGAUCAAGAAUCACUGGAACACUCGCAUCAAGAAGAAGCUAAAGAAAAUGGGAAUCGACCCUAACACCCACAAGCCUCUUUCACCGCCAAGGCCGGUCGAGCCGGAGGUAAUGGUGACGGAUAAUGACCAAAAAUUGAAUGUUGUUGGUUCAAUAAAUUCGAUAACCGAGAUUGAUUCAACCUCAAAAGAAUCAAAAAUCUCAGAGCCCGUCAUUUACAACAAAGACGAUGAAAAUAAAGCCCUCGAUUUUGAUCGAAUUAUGGAGUCAUUCAACGGUGAUAUGAUCUUCAUUAAUGAUCAAAUCUCUCCAUCUUCCAUAUCUUCUUCUUCGGACAAUGCUGGUUAUUACAACGACAUUAUGGCCGCCGCCGAUAUUUGGUACGAUGAUUUCAACGGCUGGGAUUAUUUUCUGAUGAACAGUGAGGAGAUCGCAGCCGUUGAUGGAGCUGUGCAGUGCCCUGUAAUGUUUUCAGAUCUUGAAGAACAGUCGUGGAAUUUUAGUUUCUUGUGAUUAGUUAAUUUUCCAAAAACGAGUUUAAUGUUACUAGGAAAGGGCGAAGUACAAUUAUUAUUAUUUUUUUUUAUGUAUAUAUUUAUAUAUUCGAUUAUCACUUUCGUCUCUCGUCUCGUAUUAAUUUUAUAUGUUUGUAUAUCUGUGAUGCAAGUUACUGUUUUUCACUUUAUGUAAUUUAAAAUUAAAAUAUCACAC